ACGGGUAACAUUGCAGCACCUGAAUCAUUUUGUAUGAUGCUUAUUAUAUAGACAAUAUGAGUGGCAUCAUUUGAAAGCUGGACUGCUGAACUAUAUGAUAUUACAUUCCUUUGAAGGACUCAUGAAACAUUUUAAAAGGGGGGGGACCAGAAGGAUAAAGAGACAUCUAUUGUGAGUUGAUUCUGGAUAUAAUGCUAUGUUCGCGGUACUUGGAAUAUGUAUCGAGCCGGAUAACGCAGGGGACGGUGUGUGCUCCCCUCCAACUGGCUAACUGGAUCUUUCAGCACCACCUGGGAGCUCUGACUUCUUGCGACAGGACACUUGAAGAGUGGAGUGCAUUAUUAUACACUUGUAAGAAACAGCAUGACACAUUCUUCUAUGAUUUUUCUGCUGUGAAAAACCAAGACUGAACUCCUUGACUGAUAAAAGAGCUUGCGGAAAGAGAAAAAAUAACUUAUAGGGCACACUAUAUGUCACUUUAAGCAACCCGAUGGGUACUAGCAGGAUAAACCCUUACAGCAUUGUGUCCUCUGAUGAGGAGGGACUGAGAUUGACCACCAUGCCAGGGGUAAAUGGAUUUGGUAAUGGCAAAAUUCAUACUAGAAGAAAAUGCCGAAACCGAUUUGUGAAGAAAAAUGGACAGUGCAACGUCCAAUUUACAAAUAUGGAUGAAAAGUCACAAAGGUAUAUUGCAGACAUGUUCACAACAUGUGUAGACAUUCGCUGGAGAUACAUGCUGCUCAUUUUCUGUUUGGCAUUCCUGGUGUCAUGGCUACUCUUUGGAUUUAUUUUUUGGUUAAUUGCCUUGGUGCAUGGAGACUUAGAAAAUCCAACGGGGAAUACAGAGUUUACUCCAUGUGUGAUCCAAGUCAAUGGUUUCAUGGCAGCUUUUCUAUUUUCCAUUGAAACUCAAACUACAAUUGGCUAUGGUUUUCGUUGUGUGACAGAAGAAUGUCCAGUUGCAGUCUUUAUGGUGGUGUUUCAGUCCAUUGUGGGCUGUAUAAUAGAUUCCUUUAUGAUUGGUGCUAUAAUGGCAAAAAUGGCCAGACCUAAGAAAAGAGCACAGACAUUACUCUUCAGUCACAAUGCAAUUAUUGCAAUGAGAGAUGGGAAACUCAGUCUAAUGUGGAGAGUUGGCAAUCUUAGGAAAAGCCAUAUAGUGGAAGCUCAUGUGAGGGCUCAGCUAAUAAAACCUAGAAUUACAGAGGAAGGAGAAUAUAUACCCCUUGAUCAAAUAGAUAUAAAUGUUGGGUUUGAUAAAGGACUGGAUCGUAUUUUUUUAGUAUCUCCAAUCACAAUUGUUCAUGAAAUUGAUGAGGAGAGCCCACUUUUUGGAAUUAGUAAACAAGAACUUGAAACAUCUGACUUUGAAAUUGUAGUUAUACUGGAGGGGAUGGUGGAAGCAACAGCAAUGACCGCCCAAGCUCGGAGCUCUUACUUGGCAAGUGAGAUCCUCUGGGGUCACCGCUUUGAACCAGUUUUGUUUGAGGAAAGAAAUCAGUACAAAGUAGACUAUUCACAUUUUCACAAAACAUAUGAAGUUCCCUCAACCCCACGUUGCAGUGCCAAAGAUUUGGUAGAAAACAAAUUUAUUCUUCCUGACACUAACUCCUUCUGUUAUGAGAAUGAACUGGCUUUCAUGAACCAUGAUGAGGAUGAUGAGGAUGAAGAAAGCGGGGUCAUUGACAGCUUACAUACUGACAGUAGAUUUGAAUUUGAUAGGCUUCAAACCACUUUGGUACUAGAUCAUCAGUCUUAUAGAAGAGAGUCUGAAAUCUGAGCUUUGAAUUUUUUCAUCUUCUUUACUCUGAAAAUUGCUUGAACACACAGAACAAUGCAAAUGCUGUAAUACUAUCACUCUGCAAUAAUCACAGGACCUAUGAAAGUCCUGGACAAAAAAGUUAAUGAAGAUCUUGGUCAACACAUUUGAUCCAAGGAAAGGAUUAACAUAUAGGUCAAUAUAUUUUGUAGCAAAAACAAAGCGGAAAAUCAUCAAAAUGAC